AUGCCAGGUGGAUCAACAGUUCGGCAGUGCCCCCAUUGCCUGCAAAAAGUAAAUUGUGCAAAUCGAAAAUGCACCAAGUGUGGGAAGCUGCUAGACCUUAAGUCCAGGCAGACGGCCCGUAUGCAGUUGUUCCGGACCAGAGCCAAGGAAUGGGCACAAAAAGUCAAGAAGUCCCGCAAUCAGGCAAAAAUUUUUGAUAACAGUGCCCUGCUGGUGGAGAAACUAAAGGCCCUUGGGUACUUUCCCCUCCUGCUGUGGGGAAAGUACAGACCGCAAACCAAAAAGUGGAAUGCCCAGCUCCAGUGCCCCUUUGAGCUGCCAGUGGUAGCCCAUGCGGUCCUGGAGAAGAUAAUUUGCCUUUUUGAAGGUUUGUUAGAAGCAUGUGAUCCUCAAAGUGAGGAGUUGGUGCAGCAAGAGAGGCCGGGAGAAAAUGAUACAGAAAGAGAAAUAAAUAACGAAGACCAGAGUGGACAGGAGGAGCAACGUGAAAAAGAUAUCGAAGACCAGAGAGGACAGGAGGAGCAACAUGAAAUAGGAGAGACGGAGAUGACAGACAUGCAGGAGAUGGAGAUAGAAGCACAGGCUCAGGAAGACAGAGUAGAGAGUAAGAGAGAGGAAAGAGGAGAGAUGGAGGGACAGAAAGACUAUGAUGAGCUGAGACAGAUGGGGACAGAAGUGAUGGAGGCAGACAAUGAGAGAGAAAAGACAGAGGAAGUGGGUAAUAAAAAGACUAAGGCAAAGAAGAAAGAAGUGGCAGCAGCAAACAGGUAAGUGCCAUCACAGAAUAGAAGAUGCAGAGCAAUCUCCACAAUGUAGAAUUUUAGAUACAGAAUUGUAAGGAGAAUGUCUAUGUACAAAAAGGAGUAGCACGGCACACUACACAGAA